UACUUAUAUCAAUAUCUUUUGGUACAAGGUGGAACCAAACCAAGAGUUUCAAGGAUUGGUAUGCGAAGGAGCUAAUGUUCUACCAUCAAAGUUUAUCGAGGAUGCAUUUCGGGAUGGAUAUGGAAAAGUGGUUAACAUCAGGCGCUUAGAUGAAGUUAUAAGCUCCAUUAAUAGUUGGUACAUGGAGCGGGGUCUUUUUGGUAUGGUUUCGGGUGCGGAGAUUCUUUCUGGAGGUAUCAUUAAGUUACAGGUUUCAGAAGCAGAAGUCAAUAAUAUAAACAUACGUUUUCUUGAUAGGACUGGUGAGCCAACUAUUGGGAAAACAAGGCCAGAAACUAUAAUUCGGCAACUCACUACGAAGAAGGGACAGGUCUACAGUAUGAUUCAAGGGAAAAGAGAUGUGGAUACAGUAUUAGCAAUGGGUAUAAUGGACGAUGUUAGUAUUAUUCCUCAGCCAGCUGGAGAAACUGACAAGGUUGAUUUGACAAUGAAUGUUGUUGAGCGUAAAAGUGGAGGAGGAAUCUCUGGUGGGGGAGGAAUUUCGAGUGGAAUAACAAAUGGACCUCUAGCUGGACUAAUUGGGAGGUAAUAUAGUUGCAGCGAACAGAUCUUUUUGUAAACUAUCUAUACCUUUGCAGUUGUGUGACACCUUGUUCAUUAAUCUGAAAUUGACUGUUCGACAUAAAAGAGUAUGAAAUU